CCAGUGCAAGAUGUUCUCUUGCUCUCUUCCCAGUGAUUGGUGCUCUUGCUUCCGGAGACCCCACAUUGAGAACUUUUCCAGAUGGUGCAGGCGUUGGUUCAACCGUUGUCCCCGAAGUUGCUGGCUAUCUUCAAAAAUAUGGCCUCAGAGCUCUGCACAGGAGAACAGAGAGGAGCCAACAGAUGGGGUCCUCAACUCCAUGUACCUGCAGGAAGCACAGGUGCCCCAUCCCUCCUCACGCAUGCAGCACGGCCGCAGAGUGAGUGUAGCAGCUGGGUUGACCCAGACUCCAGGACCUCUUGCAGUCAAAGAGGCCCUCAGGGUAAAAAUAAGUCCUCCAUGAGGCCUGCAGCUACAGCUUCAUCACCACCCACUGGCCUAGAUAGUAUGCCAGCUGCAUGCAAAAAACUGGUGCCUAUGAACCUCUUUGGAGCCUGGGAGGUGGACUGCUCCAUCCCCACCUGGGUGCCUGAGCUAUGCAGCCUCACCUUGACCAAGCUGCUGAUUCGCAAGGAGCUGGCCAAGGAAUUGACCUCCUUAGUCAUUGCUGUGAGGAGUAAGAACUCAAAGUUCGUCCUCAGGUCUGAUGAGAUUGUGAUGCCUCCCAGGAGACCAGUGAAGACCGACCUGAAACUGACCUUCUCCCUGCAGUACCCCCACUCCAUCAAGAGGGAAGGUAACAAGCUGCAGAUCAUGCUACAGAAGAAGCUGCGUCUUGAAAACCAGACCAUCCUGGGUUACCAGACGCUGGCCAUGGGCACCAUCGACAUGGCUGAGGUGAUACAGCGAGCCCCUGAGGCUGGCCAGGUUUUGAGCCUCUACUCCACCAUCAGGGAGGCAUCUACCCACGUAGCCGAAGUCACCAUCUCUUCACUGUCCAGCCAGUCCAUUGACCUCAUUCACAGCACCCAGGAGGCCAAGUCCAGGGUUCAUUACUCUGAAAUAGAAUAUGAAACCAUCUCUGAACUGCAGGCCAGCCAUGAUCCCAGGCACAGGCAGGACCAGGAUGAGGAGGACUUCAAAGUGGAAGAACCCAAGAAGCAGCACGAAGAAAGAGUAAGUUCGCCAUUCAUGACCAGGCAACAAGAUGCCAACAAGAAAGUUGGGGCGUGGCUGCGCCAGGUCCAAAUGUGGAAGAAAGACCUGGACCUGGAGGAGGCGUCUUUGGAGAAUGUCCCUGAGGUGGAGAAGGACAUAGAUAACCUCUAUGAUUCUUUAGAAAAGUUUAAUGACAGUGGCCCAUGAGAGUGUCCUGAGCACCAUCCUCUCAUGGAUACAGUCACUCUCACUACAAUUCCCAGCCCCCGAUGCCAAUGAAGAUCGUGGAGGCAGGGGCACAACACUACUUCAGCGCUGUGCUGUGGGUCUUAAGAGCAGCGCCUUGAGCAGCCCUCAUCGGUCCGAGGAGCAGCGGCUGCCUGAGCAGCCUGCCCCAGACCUAGGAAAAACAGCCACACUAGUAGACUGCCCAUUUCCGAAGAGCUACAGCCGUGCGCAGGCUGCACUGGUACGAGGAGCAGCAGCCACAGGCAGCCUGCACC